GGGGCUCUCGCUCGGCGCGGCCAUGGAGGCGGACGGGAGCCAGGCUACCUCGGGGAGCCCCGGAGAGGCGCAGCACGACCCCGGCAAGAUGUUCAUCGGCGGCCUCAGCUGGCAAACCUCACCAGACAGCCUUAGAGACUAUUUUAGCAAAUUCGGAGAAAUUAGGGAGUGUAUGGUCAUGCGGGACCCCACCACCAAGCGCUCCAGAGGCUUCGGGUUCGUUACGUUCGCGGAUCCGGCGAGUGUAGACAAAGUCCUGGCUCAGCCGCACCACGAGCUGGACUCCAAGACGAUUGACCCUAAAGUUGCGUUUCCCCGACGAGCACAGCCCAAGAUGGUCACAAGAACAAAGAAAAUAUUUGUAGGUGGAUUAUCGGCUAAUACAGUAGUGGAAGAUGUGAAGCAAUACUUUGAACAGUUUGGCAAGGUAGAGGAUGCCAUGCUGAUGUUUGACAAGACGACCAACAGGCAUAGAGGAUUUGGCUUCGUGACCUUUGAAAAUGAAGACGUGGUGGAAAAAGUCUGUGAAAUUCAUUUCCACGAAAUCAAUAAUAAAAUGGUAGAAUGUAAGAAAGCACAACCUAAAGAAGUGAUGUUUCCACCAGGGACGAGAGGAAGGGCACGUGGAUUGCCGUACACCAUGGACGCUUUCAUGCUAGGGAUGGGAAUGUUGGGUUACCCGAAUUUUGUUGCGACGUAUGGCCGAGGAUAUCCUGGAUUUGCCCCAAGUUACAGUUAUCAGUUCCCAGAUGCUCUAGAGCUACACACAGCCACGCACACGCACACAGGGACCCGCACGCUGCUCCCCGUGCUGGCCCGUGACUAUUUGCCGAUUUCACAAGACAUAAUUUUUAUCAACUAGUUCUUAAAGAUGCAUAACAAAUUAAUCGGGGUUUACUACAGUGCUAAUGAGAGAGAGACAGAGAAAGCCUGGGUGGUCCAUGUUUAAUAUCAAUGUCCACUGAAAAAUUGCUGCUCUUACUGGCUGGUUUGAUUGACUGGACUUUUUAUUUUAUUUUUAUUUUUUUAAAGGCUCCAUAUCCUCACUGCUUUGAGUUUACUUUUUUUUUUUUUUUUCCCCUCUGCUUUGUUAUGAGUUUUUAAUGCCCACUUGGAAUGUAACUCACAAGGAUGGGGUCGGGGGCGUUCCGAAGGCAUGACUUCUCACAAACUUCUUAGAAACGGUUUUAUCGGCGCAGCGAGAAGGGUGAUGGGGUUGAUUUGGUCUCACAAACAGCCCCAAAGAGAGUGACUGGCGCUUUUUGACGUGGUGACGUCCAGCAUAGCACAAAUCCCACCCCGGGUGGGGCAGGUGUCCCCUGUCCUGGGACCCUUGGCAGCGCAGGGCUGCCCUGCCCAGCCCUGUGACCCCGGCGUGUCCCAUGCCCUGCCCUCUGGCCUGGGGCUCCCUGGGAGCUGCCCCCAUCUCACGAGGGCCAUGGUGAGAUGCCACCAAGAGAGGGGCUCAGGCAGCUGCUGCCCCCACACAAUUCCUGCCCCGCUCCCUGAGCCAGUGGGGCUUGGAGCAGCCUGGCAGAGUGGAAGGUGUCCCUGCCCGUGGCAGGGCUGGCACUGGAUGAGCUUUAAGGUCCCUUCCAACCCGAACCAUUCUGGGUUUCUCUGAUCCUUCGAUCCCAGCUCUGACCAGCGAUGGUCCCGCACACUCCCUGCAGCUGCUUCUCCUUCCAAACUUUGCUUGCAAAUCACGGGCAAAUUUCCUAAAUUGUGGCCAAGCUUUCCCUGCUUAAGCUGCAUCACACACUGCGCCUCUUCAUCUCCACCCAAGUCGCAGGAGAGCUGCAAACCUCCAUCCAUUGGCUUUAUUUAACAAGACCAGAUUCUGGACUUUUGGGUAGAAAACACACAUUCUCUUUAAAUUCUGCUCUUCUGGAAGUGUUGCUACCCAUUUGAUAAGUUUGUGAGAAGUAUGGUGCAUGCUUACAGUAGACCUGUAAUGCAUUUUAAUGUUUGUUAAUCCACUUGUUUAAAAUGUCGGUGUCAAAGGCUCUACAAUCCAUGGCUGUGCUGUUCAUUUCAUUAAAGAUGCUUGAUGUAAUACUUGGGUAGUUUUCUUUUGACUUUUCUGCAGGCAUUAGCUUUUUUUAAUCUGUAUGGCUUCUUAUUAUUUUGUUUGGGGUUUUUUUGCUAUGAAUUGCUUUGCUUUUGUGAACUUGUCUUAGUGUGCAUGAUUUGCAAACAUUUCGGCUAUUGUGAAUUUUCUCAUUUUUUGUAAAUAGUCCAUCUGUGCUUUUCUUUUUUUUUUCUUUUUUUUUUCUUUUUUUUUUUUUUCUUUUUUAUGACUUUUUUCCUGUAAGUAACUGAGGUAGAAAAUAAUAAUAAAUUGUUUACAAUGGA